AAAGUAUCUGAAGAAAUUUUAGGUGAUAAAAGAAAAAGACCCUCUAAUGAUUAUUGGUUUGGUGAUUUAAUUCAAGACUAAGAAGUCCUGUACUAGUUUUCUAUCAACUUAUUUAUAUUAAUACACAUUAUACACAUUUUUUUAAUCUUUUCAUAUACUUUUUUACAAGUUUCUCCCAGUAAGAAAAUGGAUAAAAUUAUGUUUUAAGCUAGCUAUUUAAUACAUUUUUUGGUGCUAUUGAUUGGUUGGCUCCCUUAAGUGGCUUUGAUAGUUCGACACAGCCUAUUAAAGUUUUGGGUAAUCCGAUUAAUUGAUUUCAGAUAAAAUUUUUUUAUUUCUUUCAAACGUAUAAAUAUUAAAUUAUCUUCACAUUAAAAAUAAUGUUUUUACAAACUACAUCUUCAACGGAUGAUGAAUACGAAUCAUUUUGGUAUUAUAAUUUGCAAGAAGAAAAACAAUGUAAAACUCAUUGUAUUUUAAUUAUAAUAAUUCUCUCUAGUGUAUUUCUUUUAACAUUAUUAUGCGCUUAUAGUAUUUAUAAUGAAAAUAAAGUGGUAUUUUAUGAUGGAUUUAUUUUCUUUUAUGAAUGUUGCGGAUUUUAUUGGUUUAAAAAUAAGAUAUUUAAAAGCGAGAAUAAAUUUGGGUAUUCAAAUUUAAGUUUAGAAAACUCUUCAUUAUAAAUCCCCUCUCCUCCCCCUUUUUUUAUUUGGGAUAUUUUUAUUUAAAGAAAUUUUUCCAUGUAAAUUGAUUUAUCAUUCCGUUAAAGAUAUCCUCAAAGGAUUCAUUUAAAUGGUAAAACAACAAUAUUUAGAUAUACAAUAUUUAAAACAAAUUAUAUAGACUUUGAAAGAAAAAAGCGAAUAAAAUUGAUUAUUGGAUAUAUUCCGCAAGACAGAAUAAUGCCGCGAGUGUGGAUAUAAUUUGUAUUUUGGGCUGGAAAGUACAGAAGUACAAUUUUAGACAUAUUUAUUGAUAUGUUAGAUAUAUUGGCUAAUAUUUGAAUUGUUUUUAUUGUUGUUUAUUUACGCACUUCGAUUUUUUCAAUAUCAGAUAUAC